AUGACCUCGCUUGACCCAGAAACACCACGGGCCCGGGACAUCACCGAUGCAGGAGAACAUUUGCCAGCACUUGGUUUGGAAUUGAGCAACAUGAGAAACAGACUGGUUGAAACGCCCAUACUUGAUCAGUCUUCGCCUGCCGGCCUUUCGGAAGAACGAGGCAGCCCGAGGAAUCCCGUGUCUCAAGGCGUUCCGCCAGAGCUCGCCAAUUUCCUUGCAGAGAUCAUCUUUGUGCUCGUCUGUACGGCUGGCCAAGUCAUCUCCGCCCUGACUAUGGGACAAGUCAUCGUCACCCAGUUCGUGUUCCGAGAGGCAUUGGGUCUGGUCCCAGCCCAGAUUCCCUGGCUCGUAGGCUCUUCAGUCUUGGCAAGCGGUCUGUCAGUCAUAGUAUUUGGCCCGUUGGCUGACCUCGCUCCCCCAAAACCACUCAUGGUAGGCGCUUUUCUGUGGGAAGCAGCCUGGAAUGCGGUGACGGCUGCGGCGGUUUCUCCAAACCUCAAGGUCCUCUUCUUUGUGGCCCGAGCCAUGCAGGGCCUGGCAGCCGGAGUGCUCGUUUCCGCUUCGAUGAGCAUUCUUGGACGAGUCUAUAAUCCGGGGAUCCGUAAGACGCGCGUGUUUUCCUUGAUGGCGGCAGGGGUGCCGUUUGGCUACUGGAUUGGCUGUGUUCAAGGAGGUGCUCUGGCUGCUCAUCUUCCCUGGAUAUUCCGCAGCACAGCCAUUUUCCUUGGAUUAUGCGCUCUUGCUGCUUAUCUCACAAUACCCGAUCUGAAACCAGCUGCAGACAGCUCCAGCGUAAAUCCGCCUUCGAUGAAGCAGUUUGAUUAUCUCGGCGCUUUGCUCGCAUCGUUGGGCCCAUAUACUUAUGUUUCCAUUAUCCUGGGGUUUCUUCUACUUGUUGCCUUUCACUUUGUCGAGCGCCAUGCCACACGUCCUCUUAUUCCAACUGGACUUUGGCGAAUUCCUGGCUUUGCGGCUGUCCUGCUUUCCUACAUUUUCGGAUUUGGCGGUUACGCUGGUGCGUGGCAAUUCUAUGCCAUCCAGUUCUGGCUUCGCUACCAGGGAGUGUCUCCGCUUACUGCAGCGCUGUACAUUCUUCCAAAUGGCAUUGUUGGCGUUCUCGCAGCUUGGGUCGUUUCCAAGACGCUUCAUGUGGUCCCUGGUCACUGGAUCCUUGCCACCAGCAUGAUUUGUUUUGGUAUGGGACCGGUAUUCUUUCUCCCUCAAACACCAAACUCCUCGUACUGGGCCUUGUCAAUGCCAGGCGUAGCCUUGGCUACAUUCGGACCUGACCUGAGCUUCGCAGCGGCAACCAUCUUUAUUACCUCGAGUGUGCCGAGAUCGUACCAGGGCUCUGCUGGUAGUCUUUUGGUCACCGCACAAAACUUGACUCUGGCAAUCAUUACUUCUGUAGCUGGCUCUAUAGGGCUCAAGGUCGAUCAGCUUCCUGAUGGAGAGGUGGGACUUGAAGGGAUGCGCGCCAUCUGGUGGUUUGGCCUUGCUUCCGCUAUAAUCGGAGCCUUGAUUACCAUUACCAUGGUCCGGAUUCCAAAAGCGGAAGAAAAAGAACAUGUACAGUAA